AUGGACGAGGUGCUUCCAGGAUUGUGGGUGGGAGGGGUACGAGCUGCCAUGGACGUCGACUAUCUCUCUCGCGCCGGCGUCACACAUAUCAUCACGUGUAUGAAGCAGCAAAUUCCUGUGCCGCCACCACUUGCCGAUGGACGGAGCAUCACUCGGAAGGAGAUGAAGCAUGUGCGGAUCGACGAUGACGAAAAGGCGCCGAUUCUCGUGCAUUUCGCAGGAUGCUACGAGUUGAUCUCCAGCCAGCUACAGGAAGAGUGGGUGGCCGACGAAGAGGAAGACGGCCCAGUAGUAACAGGUGAUACAGUGGAGCACUUAGUGCAAGGACGACAGCAACGCAACGGUCGAUGGGGCACCUGGCAGACCACUGGAUCCGGCACAGUCUUGGUGCACUGUCAGGCGGGCUGUUCACGCUCCGUCGCCAUCGUAGCAGCAUACCUCAUGCACACCCGCCACAUCUCGGCCUCCACCGCCAUCGCGAUGAUACAACGCCGUCGAACGAACGCCGAGCCCAAUCGUGGCUUUGUCGCACAGCUCGAGCUCUACCACCAUGUUGGAUUCGAGGUCGACAUGAAGUGGCAGGCUGUACGCAGGUUCCUGAUGAGCAAGACGGAUAUCUUGAACGGGGACAGUAUGGACGACAUGCUGCUAAGCUACUAUCCCAGUCCGUAUCCCAGUCCGGCGUUGAAUGCGGCGACUGGCAUGAAGGGUUUCACGUCCUUGAGGCCUCGGGGUGAAGAUGGUGUCGCAGCCUCCACACUAGAAGACGCUUCGACCGCGGAGAAGAAUUUUGGCGCCCACGAUGCGCAAAAUGAAAAUAUUUCGCAAACCACCAACACAAGCUCAUCUUUCUCAAAACCACCACCACCAACACCAUCACCGCAUCUGACCAACGACUCAGGCGUGUCUACGCUGGUCAACUCGCUCUCCAACAUGUCCACACCCUCCUCCAGCACCGCUCUCUCCAGCGAGUCGGGAUCAGCUAAGGAAGUCAAAGUGACAGCCAACUCGUCUGGCCGUUUACCGGGAGGAGUUGAGCACGUACGUGGACACGAAGGCGUGCUGAACCGCGGUCUGCUAGCGCAACCGAGCUUCAAGGGGCCCAAACUGAGGUGUAAAGGGUGCAGAAGGGAGUUGGUGGCGUUGGAUCAUGUCGUGAUCCACGAACCGGGCAAAGGGCAGAUGGCGUUCGAGCACCGGAGGAGAGAUGUUGGUCAUUCGGGGCAGAAUGUUGCGACCAACAGCUCGGGUGAUACGGGAGUGGCGGAGGGGAAAGAGUCGACGGUAGAGAAAAUGACCGAGGCGGAGGGCGCGAAUGGUCAAGUGCAAUCACAGGCGCCAGCAAGCGAUCCAAUGACCGCUACCGAUGCUCGAGGCGAUAUCAGUUCGACAUCUUCGACCACACCAUCCACAGCCGCAACACCACAGGUUCCGACCAAACCACGCAUCCAAACCGCCGCAUCCCUCGCUUCCCAAUUGCCCCCGCAUCUAGCCGCCCUUCGAGCGGGUCGACCCACCAUUCCCCGUCCAUCCUCCACCUCAUCCACCAACCCGUCGUCCACCCCUUCCACCCAACCUCCAUCCUCUGCGUCUUCAGCAGUAUCGAUGCUCAAACAUCCUUCGUGCUCAUCCUACUUUAUCGAGCCCAUGGCGUGGAUGACGGAUCUCAGCAGCGGCGAGGUCACGGGCCGACUGAAUUGCCCCUCGGCCAAGUGUGGGCAGAAGCUGGGCAGCUGGGACUGGGCGGGCAUGCAGUGCGGAUGUGGGGCGUGGGUUACUCCGGCGUUCUCGUUGCAUCGCAGCAAGGUCGAUGAGGUGUAA